AUGAAAAAAGUUGACAGUUUCCAAGAUUUGGAAUUGAGAGAAGAUUUACUACGAGGAGUGUAUGGAUAUGGAUUAAAACAAUUAUCAGAAAUUCAAACUAAAUGUAUCAUGCCAAUAAUAUCAUCCGAACCACCACUAGAUGUUGUUUGCAUUUCAAGCUCGGGGACUGGAAAGAAAACUGCAUUCUCAAUUGCUCUUCUCCAAAGAAUAGACUUGGAUCAUCAAGCGUACUCUAAAGGAGCACCUCAAGCUCUAGUUAUUACACCUACGAGAGAAAUGAGUCAAGUCAUUUCUAAUCACAUCAAGAAAUUGGCUCAUUAUUUGGAUGUCAAAGUAUUACCUUUCCAUGGAGGAGUUUCAACCAAAGAAACAAUCCAAGCUCUAAAUGAAAUUCAACAUGUAGUUGUUGGAACAAACAAAUUGAUGGACUUAAUCAGGUUUAAAGUUUUGAAUUUGAAAUAUUUGAAACUGAUAAUAAUUGACAGAACAGGUUGUGAUUGGCUCGACAUGUAUGAUCAACAGAUUUUGAGAAUUAUCAAUGCAUCAAACAAAUUCAACCUUCAAAUAUGUGUCUUUGGCGAUUCGAGAAAUAUAGGAUCGAUUGAACAAUAUCUGAAAGAUCCAAUUUAUUGUGAACUGGAGUAG